UUGGCAUAUAGCAUCGCGACGUACGGCGUCUGAUUUAGUUUCUACCCAACACGACAGACUUGGUUCAAAAUUAGUGGUUUUCAUCCUACUUAUCAGGAUAAAGCUUACUUCACUUGUUAAUAGUGAUCCAAGACACUUAAAAAAUGCCGGCUCGCAAUAAGGAACAAGAAGCUGAAGUUUUAGCUUGGAUUGAAGCAGUUCUAGGUGAAAAACUUCCUAAUGGAGAUUAUGAAAACAUUUUAAAGGAUGGUGUGAUUCUUUGUCAACUUAUCAAUAAAAUUGCCCCUGGAUCAGUAAAAAAGAUCCAAACUAAAGGAACGAACUUCCAGCUUAUGGAGAAUGUUCAGAGAUUCCAAGCAGCUAUCAAAGCAUAUGGUGUGCCUCAAGAAGAAAUUUUCCAAACUGCUGAUCUCUUUGAGAAAAGAAAUAUUCCUCAAGUCACCUUGUGUCUCUAUGCUCUUGGAAGAAUAACCCAAAAACAUCCUGAAUAUAAUGGACCAAGAUUGGGCCCCAAAAUGGCAGACAAAAAUGAAAGAACCUUUACUGAAGAACAACUAAGAGCACAUGAAGGCCAACUCAACCUUCAAAUGGGAUUCAACAAAGGUGCAACUCAAGCUGGUCAUGGUGGAUUUGGAAACACAAGACAUAUGUGAACUCUUUUAUUAUUUAAUAAGAUAUCAUUUGUCAUAUAUUGAUAUUAUAUAAGUUAAAUAUUUAAAUGAUUGUAAUUGGAAUAUUUUUUUAAGUCAAAACACCUUUACAACACACACAUACACAAACA